UGUAAGUGUGACCGUGCUGUGGAACAUACAAACUACUUCUCAAUGCUGCAGUAAAAAUAUAAAAUUAUUCAGCAAAAUGAUUUGUCGCCUGUGCCUGAACGCGCUGGACGAGCAGGAUGCCGUCCUACUGUUCGGCGGCAACGUACCCCCCGACGCCACUCAAGAUAGCGACAGUGAGGCGCCAGCCGCAGCAGCAGCAGCAUCCAACAGCAAACCAGUGCCGGAAAGCUAUUUGGUCAAAUUGAUCUCGAUCCACUUGUACCUCUGCCUCUCACGCGACGAUGCCAUCUCCACCUGCAUCUGCCCCGAGUGCUGCGGGCAGCUUGAGAGUUUCCACAACUUCUGGAAGCUGGUGGAGCUGAAGCAGACGACACUGAGCAGCCAGUUUCUGGAGAUUGACUGCGACGUGAACUGGUCGGAGGAGGGCGAUGUUGUCGAUGUUGAUGAGGCGGCGUCCCCCUGCCAGCUCCUCAAGGAGGAGCUACCAGAGUUUGCCGAACCUAAGAUUGUCGCAGCGGCAGCUGCGGCUACGGCAUCGGCGGCCAACAAGUUUCCGUGCAUGUUCUGCGAAAAGUCCUUCAAGAUGCGCCGCUAUCUGGAGGAACAUGUGGCCACACACACCGGGGAUCGGCCCAUUGCCUGUGCCUACUGCGAAAUGGCCUUCCGCUGCCGCUCCAAUAUGUACACGCACGUGAAGAGCAAGCACACCACACAGUGGCUGAAGGCGCGCGAGGAGCGCGACGCAGCCAAGUCUCAGAAUCAGUUGCACGCGCAGCCCGAGGUGCCCAGCGAACCAUCCGUGAUAGAAGAGCAGCAGCAGCAUCCUCCGCCGCCGCUGCCGCAACCCUCGCCACCGCCGCCGCUUCCACUGUCUGCCAUCAAGAGUGAUUCCAUCGAAGCCAUCAACCUGACGAUGGCCAAAACGUCUCCAUCCACGACCCGCACACGCACAACUCGCUCCAGCCGCCGCAAAACUCAGUCCCCCAAGAAGGUCCAAAGCACCGAAUGCCAUGCCAGCGAUGGAGAUGACGAUGGCGAUAACGAUGCCAAGGACAACAACAGCAGCAGUCACGAGCAUCACCCCAAGCGCUUCAAGGAGAACGAACUGAUGCUGGCCAACUACAAUGCCGUGGCCGCCGCCGUGGUGGCAGCGGCCUCGUUUAACGAUCGAACAUCCACCGGGCAGGCGGACAGCCUGCAGCAGCGUCUGCGUGCGAGUCUACUGAUGCAGCAGCAGCAGCAGGAUCUCUUUACGGCCAUGACGGCAGCGGCGGCAAGUACGAGUGCAGCCACCACCGUAACGACGGGCGGCGCAGGAGCACUGUCGCAUCCAUACAGUCUCAAAUCUGUGUUCAGCUCUGUGCCUGGAAUGCUGGACAAGCGGCGUCACAGAAUGGAGGAUAAUGCACCUCUAUCUGCCACCGCCACGCCCAUCAUUUGUCCCAGCUGCGGUGAGCUGCCUGGCCACAAUCAUCGCUGCCUGACAAAGCCCAAAUAUGCCUGCGAAGUGUGCGGCAAGUGUUUCAAAAUGAAGCGCUACCUAGAGGAACACUUUGCCACGCACACGGGCGUCAAGCUGCACACCUGCUCCUUCUGCCCCACAGAGUUUCGCUCCAAAUCGAAUAUGUAUCAUCACACAAAGCGCAAACACAAACUCGAAUGGGAGCGUUCACGGGCCACACGCACCGCUGCCGCUGCCAAAACGGUGCAGCCUGCCAGCAGUCCCGAUGGUGUCCAGGAUACGGCACUGCCCACUGUCCCGACAGCCCCGUCCGGGCAUCCAUAGUUUCUUAUCUACAUUUAUACAUAUUUGUAUUAUUCUUUAACCUAUCUACUUUUUUUUCAACUGCAUUUUAGUCCGUAAUGUAUUCGAUGUACUUACUUCCUCUGUGUCACCUCUGUCCUCUGCAUGGAGGCUCCUUUUGUGCAUACACCACUCUAUCCCCUUCCCCGCUGCAUUCUCUUAUACUAACCUUUGCCUUGGCCAUCGCCAGACUGCAUCUGCAUCUGGCGAUAGUCCUUCAAGAAAUAAAAACUUUAUUUCCAUA